AUGCGAGAAGUCCUGGGGCAGUCCUCUCCCCCCUGCGAUCUGCCAGGCAGAGCUGUGUACGCCCAUCUCAGGCAGAUGUUCGCCAGAAAUGCCGACGAGCGUGUGCGGCCCUUUGAUUGGCCCGCUUGGUGCGUGCCAGGAGAAGAGGCCCGCGUGGACACGCUCGUGAGUCCCCUCACACAGGAGGAGGUGCUCGCACGCCUGAGAAGGACACACAGCUCUGCGCCGGGUCCCGAUGGUGUCACCUAUGGAAAUUUGAAGAAAACAGACCCGAAGGCCUCCAUGCUCACGGCAGUAUUCAACGCCUGCCUGAGGACAGGUCAUGUCCCCGAUCUGUGGAAAAAGUCCAGAACGGUCUUAAUCCACAAGAAAGGGGACAGAACUGACCUGUCAAAUUGGAGGCCUCUUUCCAUGGGUGACACCAUCCCCAAAUUGUUCGCGGCCGUCAUGGCAGACAGGCUGACGGCGUUCCUCACUAACGGAGGAAGGCUCAGCGAGGAGCAGAAGGGCUUCCUCCAGCACGAAGGCUGCCAUGAACACAAUUUUGUUCUUGGCCAAGUGCUGGAGGAGAGCAGACGCCAAGGCAAGGACCUCAUCAUGGACUGGAUGGACCUGUCCAACGCGUUCGGGUCGAUUCCGCAUGCCACCAUCAUGGACGCGGUCGCCGGUAUGGGGAUCCCCUCGAGGAUCCGGACCAUAAUCCACCAGUUGGCCACCGGCGCCGCGACCACCCUACACCUCACGGGGAAGAAAUCCUCGCGGAGGCCAGUGCAGACCGGCUUCCUCGUCCGUGGCACGCCAAUACCGGCAAUGACAGAGGGGGAUGCCUACGAAUAUCUCGGCAUCCCCGUGGGUCUAAACGUGGACCAAACACCCAGGGCAGCGAUGGAAGCGAUAGUUGGGGACAUCGCCAAGAUAGAUGACUCGCUGCUCGCCCCGUGGCAAAAGAUCGACGCGGCCCGCACCUUCGUGGCACCGAAGCUUGACUUCGUGCUACGAAGUGGCGCCACCUUGCGGGCCCCGCUGCGUCAUCUGGAUACAGCCAUAAAAGAACACAUCAAAAAAUGGCUGUAUCUGCCGCAGAGGGCGAGCGCGGAGGUAGUGUACACCCCGCUGAAGAAAGGUGGAGCGGGCAUACUACCUUCAUCUAUAUUGGCAACUAUCGCCCAGGCUCACCGCAUGGUGUCCUGCCCUGGGGAGGUCGUCUCCCGGAUUGCAAGAGAAGGCCUGAGAGAAGCGGUAAAACGAAAAAUAAACCGGGAGCCAUCCGGCGACGAGAUGGCCCACUUUCUCUCAGGCUCCACUCUAUCCGGGGAGACAGCCAGCUUUGGCGACGCCGGAUUCUGGUCGAGGGUGCGGAUGACCACCAAAAGGCAAGCUGUGCAUCUGGGGGUGCGUUGGGCCUGGAGAGGAGGUGAGCUACUGGUCGAGUGUAGAGGACAAAGAAACCGACCAGUGGCCACCGACUCGAACUCCAGGUCCCAACUCAUCCAACGUCUCAGGUGCGCAGCUCAGGAUGAGUUCCUGACCAUCCUCCUAAAUAAACCCGACCAGGGGAAGGUGGCGAAGCUCUCCACGCUAACCCCAGUCAGCAACGCGUUCAUACGCGACGGUAGCUUUACCAGGUUUGCUGACUGGCGGUUUAUCCACAGAGCCCGACUGGGAGUCCUCCCAGUCAACGGAGCGAUCCGAUGGGGCAGCGGCGACAAGCGCUGCCGGGUCUGUGGAUAUCAGCUGGAGAGCGUUCCACACGUGUUGUGCCACUGCAUGCACCACUCAAACGCAAUACAGCAGAGGCACAACGCGGUGAUGGAUCGCCUCGCCAAGGCUGGCUCACGGCUGGGGACCCCCAGGGUGAACUGCCGCGUGGAAGGGGUCGCCGAGGACAUGGCGGCCCUCAGGCCGGACCUGGUAUGGCGCGACGAACGGAGCAGAAAAAUCGUCAUAGUUGACGUGACUGUUCCGUUCGAGAACGGGACUGAAGCGUUUGAUAACGCGAGGGGCGAGAAAGAAGAAAAAUACCGCCCCCUAGCUGAAGCCCUGCGCGCCAUGGGAUACCAGGUAAAACUGGAGGCAUUCAUUGUCGGAGCCUUGGGCUCGUGGGACCCUAAGAACGAAAGGGUCCUCAAGACUUUGGGUGUCUCCAGGUUUUAUGCUGGCCUGAUGCGCAGACUGAUGGUGGCCGACACCAUCAGGUGGUCCCGGGACAUCUAUGUGGAGCAUGUAUCCGGGAUCAGGCAGUUCACCCUGCCAAGUGAAGCUCCCUCCAAUUAA